AUGCCGACGUCAUUCGGAAAGCGCGCGCGUACGCGCCAAAAGUUCUCCAAGGCUUUCCGUCGUCAUGGAAUGCCAGCCGUGUCUCGUUUGCUGGUCAUUCACAAGAAAGGCGACUACGUCGAUAUCGUGUGCGAUCCCUCGAUUCAGAAGGGUAUGCCGUAUUCCUACUACCACGGACGAACGGGAAUUGUCUUCAACGUCACCCAGCGGGCAGUCGGUGUGGAAGUCAACAAGGUUGUUGGCAACCGAGUCAUCAAGAAGCGUAUCCAUGUUCGCCUGGAGCAUGUGAGAAAGUCCAGAUGCAACGAACAGUUCCUUAGACGUGUGAAGGAGAACGACGCCGCCCAUCACGAAGCUCACUUGAAGGGAGAGAGCAUUAAGACAAAGCGACAAGUCGAGGGACCCAAGCCUGGCUGCUUCGUCUCCGGCCCUAUGGAGGUCCUCGAGCCUGCGCCCUUCGUUGAGUCCUACUAA